AUGUCUGACCAGAAAAACCUUGUAGACAGAGCCCGUCGUAUUGAAAAGCUACUGUCUGAGAACAACUUCCAAGAUAUUGAGGAUCAUCUUAAAGCGCUUGAGGAUGUUGAUAUGACUGUAGAGUAUCUUCAGGGGACAGAAGUUGCCAAGGCUGUAUACAGGGUACUCAAGAUCUGCCCUUCAGGAGAGCUGAGAAAGAAAGCAAAGCAGUUGUUAUCAAGGUGGAAAACACUUUACAAGAAUAACUCUGUUCAGUCAAUGCAAAUUAAAACAUCACUUUCUGUAUAUGUGAAAGAGGAAACUGGGCCUCUCGGUAUGGGUCUGAGAGAGCAGUCGCUGUCUGAAGGACUGUGGCAGCAGGAGCCGUUAGAUGCUACUAGCUGUAAAAUUAUGGUCCCAUCGCCAGCUCUUAAGCACGUGGUGUGUAACGAUGCAGAAGGCAGCAUGCAUCAGCCGGCUUCUUUUGAGGAGCAACACACUGAUAAUGAAGAUGCGAAACCUUUUGUUGAGGAAGCAAGUCCGCAGCAGGAUGCGGCGACAGCUCUGAGGUGUAAAUGUACGGAUCUUCUUUAUAAAGCUCUGACUGGUUCUGCCAAAGACACGGAAGAAACUGAUAAAUGGCUGGCGCUAUCUAAAGAAAUCGAAGAGCAUAUUUUUGCUCUUCAUGCUAAAAAUGACAGAAAGUAUAAAAAUUGCAUCAGAAGCAAAAUCUCUAACCUGAAGAACCCUAAAAGUUGCCACUUAAAACAUAACCUUUUUUCAGGGGCUUUGAGUCCAAAGGCUUUUGCCGAGAUGACAGUGAUGGAAAUGGCCAGCGAUGAACUGAAACAGCUCAGAGCUUUGUACACAGAAUCAUCUGUUCAGGAACAUCAGCUUCCACAAGUUAUUAAUGGCACACAGACAAACAAAAUAAAGUGUAGGCGCUGUGAAAGAUUUGACUGCACCGUCACUGUGAUCGCCAGAGGAACUCUCUUUCUUCCGGGAUGGGUGCGAAACACAAAUCCAGACGAACAAAUGUUGACUUACGUUAUUUGUAACGGAUGCGGAGAGCAGUGGUAUCACAGCAGAUGGGUUUGUUUGUAACGCUAUCCCUCUUUAAUAAAUGGUUUAGAAUACAAGAAGGUGUCUCUGCUCAAAGUGUGUAGUUUAAAAUUUUGUACUGGUAUUACAUAGAUGCUGCCCCUAAAAGGUGCAAAAUCAAUUUAAAAAAAACUGCU